AUGCCUUAGGCUGGCAGGCUGUGGGCAAGCAGUGAGUUUUUUUCCCUGUAAGUUGGGUACAAAAAGAUCGACAUGGGAGUGGCUUCCUCGGAGACAGCUGCCUUGAGAGAAUGCAGGAGCAGGGAACAGCCAGAAAUUCCUCCUGGCACCAAGUGCCCGGGGGAGGAGUCCACUUUGCUAAGUAUUGUCAUUUGCUGAGAGAAGGUGUGUGCUCAAGAAGGAGUUUUUAACCUGGAGGAUCCUUAACUCUUUCAUUCAGCGACCUGGAGGUGGCUCUGGAGUUGGUCCUGGAAGCGGCUACAAGCAAGGGUCGAGGAGCAGGAGCGGAGUGCGUUUCCAUGGGGGACCACCUUGAGAAGGGCCAGCAUGCUUUGCUCAACGAAGGAGACGAGAAUGAGAUGGAAAUAUUUGGCUAUCAGACUCAAGGCUGUCGGAAAGCUCUCUGUCUCGUUGGAUCCAUCUUCUCUCUGGGAAUCCUCCCUUUGGUGUUUUACUGGAGACCAGCUUGGCACGUGUGGGCAAACUGUGUCCCAUGCUCCCUACAAGAAGCAGAUGUUGUGUUGCUGAAGACGACUGAUGAAUUCAAAACUUAUUCUUGGAAAAAGGUAAUGUGGAUCUCCUUGUCAGCACUGAGCAGAACGUCUGGUCUCACUCCUGACCACCCUCUCAUUACAGAUGAGGAAUACAUCAUAAACAGAGCCAUAAGAAAGCCAGAUCUAAAGGUGAGAUACAUAAAAGUGCAAAAAAUAAGAUAUGUUUGGAAUAAUUUAGAAGGACAGUUUCAGAAAAUUGGCUCCCUGGAAGACUGGCUCAGUUCUGCAAAGAUUCACCAAAAGUUUGGACUAGGUCUAACAUCAGAAGAACAGGAGAUCAGGAGGUUAAUAUGUGGACCUAAUGCUAUUGAUGUUGAAGUCACACCUAUCUGGAAAUUGCUCAUCAAGGAGGUUCUAAAUCCAUUUUACAUCUUUCAACUCUUCAGUGUCUGUCUGUGGUUCAGUGAAGAUUACAAAGAGUAUGCUCUGGCCAUCAUCCUCAUGUCUGUUAUUUCCAUAGCUCUGACCGUGUAUGAUCUCAGACAGCAGUCUGUAAAACUGCACCAUCUUGUUGAAUCACAUAAUAGCAUCACAGUCUCUGUAUGUGAGAGAAAAGCUGGAGCCCAAGACCUGGAAUCCCGCCUCCUGGUGCCUGGAGAUUUAUUAAUUUUGACAGGGAGCAGAGUGCAAAUGCCAUGUGAUGCCAUUCUGAUUGAUGGCAGCUGUGUGGUAGAUGAAGGCAUGCUGACAGGAGAAAGCAUCCCUGUCACUAAAACCCCAUUAUCCCAGAUGGCUAGCUCUGCACCCUGGAAGAUGCAGACAGAAGCAGAUCCCAGGCGGCAUGUUCUCUUCUGUGGAACAGAGGUCAUCCAGGCCCGGGCAGCUGGCUCCGGGACUGUGAGAGCAGUGGUCCUGCAGACAGGGUUCAACACUGCAAAGGGGGACCUUGUGAGAUCCAUCCUUUACCCCAAGCCCAUGAAUUUCAAGCUUUACAGGGAUGCCAUCAGGUUCCUCCUAUGCCUUGUUGGGACAGCCGCCAUUGGCAUGAUCUAUACUCUGUGUGUCUAUGUGCUCAGUGGGGAACCUCCUGAGGAGGUGGUGAGGAAAGCUUUGGACGUUAUCACCAUUGCAGUGCCUCCUGCCCUCCCUGCUGCCCUGACCACAGGCAUCAUCUAUGCCCAGAGGAGGCUGAAAAGGAAGGGCAUAUUCUGCAUUAGCCCCCAGAGGAUCAAUGUAUGUGGACAAUUAAACCUUGUCUGCUUUGACAAGACAGGUACCUUAACAAGGGGUGGCUUGGAUCCUUGGGGAGUUGUACCCUGUGACCAGAAUGGAUUCCAGGCAGUUCACAGCUUUGCCUCAGGCAAAGCUUUGCCCCAAGGCCCACUGUGUGCAGCCAUGGCCAGCUGCCACUCUCUGAUUCUUCUUGAUGGGACCAUCCAGGGAGACCCCAUGGACCUGAAAAUGUUUGAAGCCACCAAAUGGGAAAUGACUAUUUCUGGGGAUGAUUUCCACAUCAAGGGAAUGCUGGCACACACCGUGGUUGUUAGGCCGACAGACUCAGUUGGCCAGGUCCCGGUGGAAGGACUGGCCAUCCUGCGUCAGUUCCCAUUCUCAUCAGCAUUGCAAAGAAUGACAGUCAUUGUCCAAGAGAUGCAAGGUGACCGACUGGCAUUCAUGAAAGGUGCUCCGGAGAGAGUGGCCAGCUUUUGCCAACCUGAUACAGUACCAUCUAGCUUUAUUAGUGAACUUCAGAUGUACACGACACAGGGGUUCCGGGUCAUAGCUCUGGCUUACAAGAAGCUGGAGAGUGACUGUCCCGCAACUGCCUUGAUGAGGGAGAAGGUAGAAUCAGACCUGAUAUUUCUGGGAUUACUGAUCUUGGAGAAUCGAUUGAAGGAGGAGACGAAGCCUGUCUUGGAAGAGCUCAUCUCUGCCCGGAUACGGACUGUGAUGAUCACAGGCGACAAUCUUCAGACUGCAAUAACAGUGGCCAGGAAGUCUGGGAUGGUUUCUGAAGGCCAGAAAGUCAUUCUUGUCGAGGCAAAUGAAGCCACUGGUUCUUCAUCAGCAUCUGUCUCUUGGAAAUUAGUAGAAGACAAGAAACAUAUCCCACUUGAGAAUCAGGACAACUACAUCAACAUCAGAGAAGAAGUCCCCGAUCAUGGCAGAGAAGGGAGUUACCAUUUUGCCCUAAGUGGAAAAUCCUUCCAUGUUUUAAGUCAGCAUUUUAGCAGCUUACUGCCAAAGAUACUGAUGAACGGGACCAUCUUUGCAAGAAUGUCUCCGGGUCAAAAGUCAAGUCUCGUGGAAGAAUUUCAGAAACUGGACUACUUCGUGGGUAUGUGUGGUGAUGGAGCCAAUGACUGUGGGGCUUUGAAAAUGGCCCAUGUCGGUAUCUCUCUGUCGGAGCAGGAGGCAUCAGUGGCCUCACCUUUCACUUCCAAAACAGCAAACAUCAAAUGUGUGCCUCAUCUCAUCAAGGAAGGCCGCGCAGCUCUUGUUACAUCCUUUUGCAUGUUUAAGUACAUGGCCCUGUACAGCAUGAUUCAGUAUGUUGGUGUUCUGCUGCUCUACUGGGAGACAAACAGCCUUUCAAAUUACCAGUUUCUAUUCCAGGAUCUGGCCAUCACAACUCUUAUUGGUGUAACAAUGAAUCUGAACGGUGCCAACCCCAAGCUAGUGCCUUUCAGGCCUGCAGGGAGGCUGAUCUCCCCACCUCUGCUGCUCUCUGUUAUCAUCAACAUCCUUCUGAGUUUGGCCAUGCACGUCGUGGGCUUCGUCCUUGUGCAGAAGCAGCCUUGGUACCUCAUGGAGUUGCACAGUGUCUGCACAAUGAGAAAUGAGAACAUCUCAGCCAUAAUCACAUCUCCAAAUGUUCCUGAGAAAAACAGAAGUCACAGCCCCUUUUCAAGUUUUGAGAAUACUACUAUAUGGUUUUUGGGAACCAUCAACUGUAUCAUCGUGGCCCUUGUAUUCUCCAAAGGCAAACCGUUUAGGCAGCCUACCUAUACAAACUAUAUAUUUGUCCUUGUACUGAUUUUGCAGAUGGGCGUAUGUCUUUUCAUUCUAUUUGCGGAUAUUCCAGAGUUGCAUAGGCGUUUGGACCUGCUCUGCACUCCUGUCCUGUGGAGAGUCUACAUUCUCAUCAUGAUCAGCUCCAACUUUGUUGUGUCCUUUGCUGUGGAGGAGACCAUUAUUGAAAACAGGGCAUUGUGGCUAGCAGUCAAGAGAUGUUUUGGCUAUCAAUCAAAAAGCCAGUAUCGGAUAUGGCAGAGGAAUUUGGCAAAUGACUCAAAUUGGCCACCACUAAACCAAACCUCCUGCUCUGAUAUGCAGGGGGUGUCCUACAGCAAUCCUGUGUUUGAGAGCAACGAGGAACAACUUUGAAGGAGGGCAAUAUCUAAACAGUCGUCAACAUGAAGAUAAAAAGGACCAGUUUCAGAGACGUUGAAGCAAGUUGACUCUUCACACUAUCAAUUGGAGUUUGUUGGGGGGAGAUAAACCUACAAUGCUUGGUGACACAUUAAAGUCCAUCUGCUUAAAUGGAGUCUGUGCAGAACAGUGGCCCCAGAAGAUGUUUUUCCUCCUAGCUUCUGGAGCAUUGGUGGCUCCUAUUGAACCAAGAAUGGAGUAAGGGAUACAAUGGGCCAUAAGACUGGCAGGUAUCAGAGGGAAAAAUAUAUGUUAGAAUAAUUCUUUCUAAAAAUAAAUGAAUCUAGGGAAGGUCAUACACCGUGUACUCUGUAACACAGUAAGGGUCAAUCUCCAGUUGUCACUUGAUGGAAAAACUAACACGAGAGAAGCGUCAUCCAAUCUCCCUUCCCUGGUUCCAGACUCACAGCCUUUCUUCUCCCUUUGGUCUUCCUCUGCAUAUUUGCGACAAGGACACACACCCCUUCAUCUCAGUGACUCCACAUACUAGAGAUUUUCUCUUGCUGGGACAGCUGUCCCCAGGGUGGUGAUCACUUCAGAGUGACAGACAACUCUACCGUUGCAACACAGGGACUGUAUGUUCACUGGAGCAGGGGCGGGAAAAACUGGAGACAACAUGGGGGAGGGUCCCCGUUUCACCCCCAGAGCAGCAUCUCUUCCCACCCCUACUCUCAUGCCCUUAGCAGAGGUUUGGCCCAGGAGCUGGGGAGGGCUGUCUCUUGUAUCUAGGAUUAAAGAAGCCCCGUGACUAAGGAGGUCCCUGCUUAGAAGAGCUUCACCAUUGUUUUAAUACUGGCCCGUUUCUAUUUUGUAAAUUUUUGUGCUAGAGUCCCCCUACUUUCAGACCCCACAAUGAUAUACUAGUCUCGCUUGUGUUCUAGGGACAAGGCAGAAGGGUAUCAAAAGGCCUAAGUAUUGAUUGCUCCCUGACUGUAUGAAUGAACCCUUGGGUCAGGGACCCCUCAUCUUCCUUACACUCUGCUCUGCUAUUUGGAGGAUGCCCCUUCUUGUGUGUUCUGCAUUAUAGGUUGUCAUUGAGCAACCUGGGUCUUUCUGGCUUAAGACUGACCUGCUUCUAGAAAACAAAAUUUCUCCUUAUUUUGCCCUCAUGGACAACUGGAUUGAUUCAGCAUAGAGAACACCCGGAUUUCUCUUAGGCCUGUGGGCAACAUUGAACUUCAGGACAACAUCCACACAUACACUUUUUUUAAAUUUAAAAAUUAUUCUCAUACAAUGCAUUUUGAUAUUUUUCCUCUCCUUCAACUCCCCGCCAGGACCCCGACCUUCUCUACCUCUGGACCCAUCCAACUUCUUAUUCUCUUUCUCUCUCUCAAACAACAGAAAGAACAGAAAAAGAAAAGGAAAGGAAUUUCAAAUGAACCACAAAUAGUGGAAAAAAAGCCCCCUAAGCCCCAAACCUAAACAAAAGCAGAACCAUGGUGAUCUGGAGAUACAUGCCUUUA